GGGCCUCGGUUUCCCCAUUUGCUGGAGGGAAGAAUCAUGGCUGUGCCACAAAAGGGCAAUGGUCGGUCUCGGGCCUCGAUUUCCCCAUCUGUUCAGCGGCAGAAGCACCCCCUCGCCGGGCCCUCUGCUUUGCGGGUGGCGAUGACCGAGCAGCUGAGACCGCGGAGCGCAGAGGGUCGGCCCCGGCAUGCCGGUUGCGGGGCUCCGGGCACACUACUUAAUCUCUCCUAGCUCCGGUUUAGCAGGUCACUUCCGUCAGUUCCACAGGGCGGGGGCAGGGGCAGGGGGACGGGCUUCCUUGGGGGUCUCGCUCCCUCCCCGCGACCCCCCCGACGGCGGCCAAUUCAAAAGGGCGCGCGGGUGCGGCGGACUCGGAGGCGGCGGAGCUUUGCUCAGGGCGCGCGCGUUUCCGACCGGCGCGCUUUCCCAGGGACGCCGCCGCCCCUCGCGCCUCCGCGCCCCCCGUGCCCGCGUCCCCGGCGCCGCCGGCCCGGAGCUCCCCAGAAGCCUCGGUCCCGCUGCCGCCGGCGCUCGCGAAGGGAAGCCGGGGCCGCCCGAGACCUCGGCGCGCUGCUCCGGACCCGAGAGGCCGCUGCACCGGCUGCCGCUCCAGAUGCUGCUGUUGCCUCCGCGGCCACCCCAUCCUCGGUCCUCCUCUCCGGAGGCCAUGGACCCUCCGCCCCCCAAGGCUCCCCCAUUCCCCAAGGCCGAAGGCUCUUCUUCGUCCCCUUCCUCGGCUUCUGGGCCCCGACCCCCACGGCUGGGUCGCCACCUGCUCAUCGACGCCAAUGGGGUGCCCUACACGUACACGGUGCAGCUGGAGGAGGAGCCCCGAGGCCCGCCCCAGCGCGAGGCGCCCGCGGGAGAGCCCGCCCCCCGCAAAGGUUACAGCUGCCCGGAGUGCGCCCGUGUCUUUGCCAGCCCUCUGCGGCUGCAGAGCCACCGUGUAUCGCACUCGGACCUCAAGCCCUUCACGUGUGGCGCCUGUGGCAAGGCCUUCAAGCGCUCCAGUCACCUGUCGCGGCACCGUGCCACGCACCGCGCCCGCGCCGGUCCGCCGCACACCUGCCCGCUCUGCCCACGCCGCUUCCAGGACGCCGCGGAGCUGGCGCAGCACGUGCGCCUCCACUGAGGUCGAUGAGGCUCCUAGACCGCGCCUGCGCGGCCCCUCUCUGGGCCACCACGUCUGUCCCACACAGCGACGCUCCUACACACGCUCCCUGUCCCUGCUGAGGUUACUGCCUUCCCUUCGCCCUCAGUUUCCCCAUCCGUCUCCUCUCCCCUCCUAGCUGUGUGAUGUAGACCAAGUCGUUGUCCCUCCCUGGGCCUGUGAAAUGGGUGGAUUGGAGAAGAGGCGGAACACGGGCCUGGCUUCCCGUCCGGCUGUUCUGUGUGACCCUCUGCGAGUGACCUACCCUCUCUGAGCUUUAGUUUCCUGCUCUCCGAAGUGGUGAUCGGUUGUGUGUCCAGGUGGAAGAGGCGACAAAAGGGCGAGGGCACGGUCUGGUUCAUUUCUGUAUCUCCUUCUUCCGCCCACUACGCCUACACCCUUUGCUCAAUAAACAUUCCUCACUUCA